AUGCCUGCAUCUCCUUGUGUGUUUCUCACCGGUGCCACUGGGUUUGUCGGCGGCACGGUACUCGCUUGUCUCUCGAGUUCUCAUCCCAACAUCAAAAUCAAAGCGCUGAUCAGACAAGAGGCCGUUGCCAAAGAGCUCCAAUCCCUACAUCCCAACCUCACUCCAAUUAUUGGCGAUCUUUCUUCGCUCGCUCUCCUGACUUCGACCGCAUCCGAUGCCGGCUUCGUGAUCCAUGCCGCUGGCGAGAACAUUCCCGCUGUUUGCGCGUUGAUAGACGGAUUGACAAGCCAUGACAACACCGAGUCUGAGGCGACGUUGCCGCUUCCCCGCCUUAUUAGCCUUACCGGUCCACGGAGCCUGAUAAAUCUCUCGAAACCAAUCACUGGCAAUUUAGCAACGGACAGCCGUCCGUGGAGCGAUGUCACAGACGCAGAUAAGAUCCUCAAUGUCCCUGAAGAUCGCAUUCACGCUGGCGCGGAUCAAGCAAUCCUCACCCACAGUGUCGCGCAAUGCGUUGGCACGAUGCUAGUCUCGCCUGGCCAACUGUGGGGUCGCGGCAAAGGCCAUGUUAAAAAGGAGAGUAAUUCUGCGCUUUAUUACAAGAUGGUCAAAAGCCGAGGCCGAGCGUUCGUCAUCGGUGAGGGCACGGCGACGUGGUCGUGGACUUCCAUUGGAGAUCUGGGCCAGGCCAUCGUGUUCUUGAUGGAGCAGGCACUGCUGAGAGGGAGCGAGCAGCGCGCGCAAUUAGGUGUCAACCAUGAGGGUUACUACUUUGUUCGCACGGGCGACUUGAGCAUGAUAGACAGGGCAAGAGCCGUCAGUGAGCGACUUGGUCUCGGGGAGGUGGAAAGCGUGUCAGUCGACGAGGCCAAGAAAAUGCAUCCCUUUGGAGCGGUCAUGUGGGGUUGCGGUGAGAGGACUAGAGCAGAUAAGCUGGCACAGUUGGGCUGGAUGCCAAACGACACGGAUUGGCGGGAGUUGAUGCAGGAAGCUGGAGGCGAGAGGGCAUGA